AUGUCGGACGAUGAGGUUGAUUUGGAGCUGCUAGACCUCAUGCGGAAGCACUGGGGUGGGGGCGCCAAAGACAAUGGUCCGCCAGAGACAAAGGUCCUCGAAAAUGCACAAUUCAUCUACGACAACAGCAUGGACGUCGCCUUGGAUAUGCGCUCUACCAAGGUCGCUGCUCAACUCGUACUCGCCGAGAUGGAGCAGCGAGAGUAUUCAACAAAGACAUGGUCUGAGCAUGAGCUGCAUCCAAAAGCAAAAGAUGAGAGCACACUCAACUUCAUCUUCACUAUGGACCUCCUGAACUUUAGCUUCUGGAGCGAGAAGAGUGACGACGAGCGCUUUGCUGUAGUGUACAAGGGGAAAAGGUGGACCGGAUACUGGAGUUUAGUCGCUAUUUUACAAAGAGCUUUGGACCAGGAGAUACCCAUCACCAGCCCAGAGUUUUGGGUUGAUGAAGAGCAGUGCUCCGAGGAAGUGCUGCGGACAGUUUUCAGCUCUGGUACCGACGAGGAAAUUCCAAUGUUCGAGCAACGAGUGCGGUGUUUGAGGGAAGCUGGCCAGAUCCUAGAGGAGGAAUUCGACAACAGCAUUGUCACUUUGAUAGAAGAUGCGAACAACUCUGCAGCCGCUCUCGUCAACCUUCUCGCCGAAAAGUUUAAUUGCUUCAGAGACGAGGGCAAGUUCGAGAACAAAAAGGUUCGCUUCUUGAAACGAGCUCAAAUAUUCGUUGCAGAUCUAUGGGCUGCCUUCGACGGCGAAAGCUACGGCAAAUUCAACGAUAUCGACAAGAUCACCAUGUUUGCAGAUUACCGUAUCCCACAGAUGCUGCACUCACUGGGCAUGAUAUGGUACUGCCCUCCCCUCGAAAACAAACUUCGCCGUCUUGAAACUAUAGAAUCUGGUCACUCCUGGGAGAUGCAAAUACGCGGAUGUAGUAUCUGGGCCGUAGAGCUCCUUCGCCGAGAAAUACUCAAGCUGAAGCCGGACGCAAAAGUCAAUGCGAUCCUCAUUGACUUCUUCCUGUAUGACCUAGCCAAAGAGAAGGAAAAAGAGGGGGCAGAAGCGAUACCACAUCAUCGGACACGAAGCAUAUGGUACUGA